AGUCAGUAACUGCCAUCAGUAAAGUAAGGGCUCCGCAGGGUCUGGGAUGAUGAGAAGGAAGCGGCCGAGGAUUUUGGGAAGUCUACGCAAUCCUGUUCCCCCUCAGGCUCUCUCUCUGCCCUCUGAUCAACCAAAAAGCACUCAUUUCUUCCCACCUCAGACUCCCAGGCCUCAGCCUACCUUUCGUACCAACCCUCUUUCAGUUUUCUACCCUACCACUUUCCCUGCCCUGACGAACACUUCCUACUUCCCCACCUUAAUGAUUGCUAUGCCCAGCUCCUCCUGUGUACACAAACUUUCCUCUAAGCACCCCUCUUAUUUCCCUGCCCCUUCCUACCUGUCUACCCUCAUGACUACCUCUUCUCCAAGAGCACUGCUGGAUAGUUGCCUAGUUCCUCUUUCCCACCUGGAAACUAGCUACUUUCAGCCAGAGGAGCAAAUCCUUCAGGCACUGAACAAGAGUUCUCUAGACCCAGAGCUUGAAAUUGGAGGAAGCAGAUGUGACCUCACAUCCUUGGGACCAGGGAAGCUGCAGCCAAAGACAGAGACUGGAAAUCAUGAAGUGGAAGAUGCUCAAUCCCUGGAUGAUCUUGAUGCCUUCACUCAGGAAAUACUGGACAGAAUAACUUGUCAUUGGUCAAGAACGCAAGUUUUACCAAAUAACGUUUCGGGAUGGAGAAAGCAGAGGGGGAAACGGAAGUGACAGGACCUCAGGAUUUCUAAAUAACUUCAGGACCCAAAAUGAUGCCACUAUCUACAAAGCUAAAAUAUGAUAUCUGGGAAAGAUGGUCAUCAGAAGCAUGCAUCCCAUGUAGCCAUUCCAUGGAUAAAAUAAACAAAGUGGACAUGGUUCACAGAAAUGUUA